AUGCGUACGAGUGGCCAAUUGAAAGAUACACGACUAGCUAAUGUAGAGGAGCAAGUUGCAAUAUUUCUCUACACAAUAGGUCAUAAUGAUUGUGUAGGUGCUAUUGAUGGGACACAUGUUCGCGUCAAAGUUUCUAACACUAAUGCACCGAGAUAUCGUGGUAGAAAAAAUUGGCCUACACAAAAUGUCUUAGCUGCAUGUUCAUUUGACUUAAAGUUCACUUAUGUGUUACCUGGAUGGGAGGGAACGGCGUCAGAUUCAAGGAUACUUAAAAAUGCAUUAACUAGAGAAGAUAGCUUGCAUAUUCCGGAAGGAAAAUAUUAUCUUGUCGAUGCCGGUUAUAUGCUCACGGGUGGCCUUAUAACCCCUUAUAGGGGUGUACGUUAUCACUUGAAGGAAUAUUCGUCACGUGGCCCUGAAAAUGCUCAAGAACUUUUCAAUCUUCGACAUGCAUCAUUACAUAAUGCUAUUGAAAGAGCCUUUGGAGUCUUAAAGAAAAGAUUUGCUAUUAUUGCUAGUUCAACAGAGCCACAUUACUCUUUUGAAACACAAAGAGACAUUGCGUUGGCGCGUUGUAUCUUGCAUAAUUUUUUAAUGGCUAUAGAUCCUGACGAGGAACUUAUUGCUGAGGUUGACCGUGAACUAUCAAAUAGGUCUGCACGAAUAAGGCGCAAUAAUGUAGGAGAUGAUGAUAGCGAAGAAGGAAAAAUUAUUCGAGACAAUAUAGCAGCUGAAAUGUGGAACAAUUAUACACAAUAUUUAGCUCUACGGGGUGACAUGACUUGA